AUUACGCGCUUGCGUCUGCGGCUGACUGACACAAUUUUCACACAUGCGCAGUAGAGGGAGGUGGAGGUGGUUUUUGAACCGGCUAUCUCUAUCUACUACUGCGUAAUUCUAAAUUGUGACAUUUAUUUUGGUGUAAAUUUAAGCGCAAAAAAGUGAAAAAAUUGCCUUCAGACAAUGUAAUCUCGGAAUUCGCAAUGUAACCAUCGACCGUAGAAUUUAACGAUCGUCAAAUCAAACACUCUCCAAACGUGUUUGUUCUCCGUCUCCAGUGUUUACCACUCUUGAAAACCGUCCAGGAAGUAACCGAAUUCCAGCCUCUUCUCAUCUCGCCCUUAGUGCGCCUCGUGUCGAGCAGUGCGGGAGUAGUCCCGCGCUAGUGGGAGAUAAGUCUGCCUUCAGCCUCUACCUGAGCGCAGUGUCGCCUCCGCGGUCCAUUCGCCAGCACCAUGCUGGAGUACGACGAGCUGUCCGAGCGCCUCGGCCUCGCCUCGGACUACACCGACUCCAACAACAACCCCAAGCCCAGCCGCGGCGACAAGUACUCGCUGCGGCCGCGCUCGGUGCGGCGCCGCGGCGACGACGUCCAGGUGCCCAAGGCGCUCAAGUCCAAGCCGAAGCAGAAGCCGGCGCCUCUCAGCAAGUACCGCCGCAAGAACGCCAACGCCAGGGAGCGCAGUCGGAUGCGGGAGAUCAACCAGGCCUUCGAGGCGCUGCGCCGCGCCGUGCCCCAGAUGGGCGACCACCUGCACCCCAGCAACGAGAAGCUGACCAAGAUCACCACGCUGCGGCUGGCGAUGAAGUACAUUUCCGCGUUGAGUGCAGUGCUGAGUAACGAGCCGGCCCAGGACUUGCUCUCGGAUUGCAGUGAGCUGGACUGUUUCCUCCUGGAGUCGGACGGUGAAUCGUUGCCGUUGCAUAGUGAUCUCAGCGACCACUCGCUCACGCCGGCGGACUUCUCCGUGGAGUUCCCGGAGGAUUCGCUCGCGCUGUCCCCGGACUUGGGCGAGCAUUUGAGUCACUUCGAUCCGUUCCUCGCGGGGUUCAGUUAACCGGAGUUUUGUAAAAAGCGUUGUUAAUUUAUUGUUAAUGUGGUGGCAUUUCUUGUAAAGUUUCAAGUGCCUUACGAUGGACUGUAUAUAUUGAGUUAUUUUAUAUAUUGAUAUAUACGACUGCAGUUGCAAUAUUGCAGCAUGACAUUUACUUAAAGCCAGUCAUGCUCAUAUUUAUUUAUAAGUAGAAGUCGCUUUUAUGUAAUAUAUCGAAAUCUUAGCAGAUAAAUAUAUUAUUUCUGCAUAA